AUGUCUUUCUUCGGUGCUUCCAAUGCUACCACAAGUAACGUCUUUGGUUCAGCAUCAUCAUCAACUACUACCACUCAAGAAGCCAAGGAUAUCGAGGUCGAAAAUCCACCAACAGAUGGAAUCUCAUCUAUAGCUUGGUCACCUCAAGCUGAUUUUUUGGCAGCUGGUUCUUGGUCUAACGAGGUUCGCAUUUAUGAAGUCAACGCACAAGGUCAAUCUGUACCCAAGGCAGCCUAUUCUCAUGAGCAACCGGUACUAGAAGUCAUUUGGUCAGCCGAUGGUACUAAAAUUAUCUCAGGCGGAUGCGAUCGUGCAGCACGAGCAUUUGACGUUUCAACCGGACAAUCGAGUCAAGUGGCAGCUCAUGAAGCACCAAUUCGAAAGUUGGCUUGGUUAGACAUCAAUGGACAAGGCCUGUUGGCUACUGGUAGCUGGGAUAAGACUUUGAAGUAUUGGGACUUACGACAACAAUCGCCGGCUGUGAGUGUGACCUUACCAGAGCGGAUAUAUACUAUGGACACCGUGUUUCCCUUGAUGGUGGUUGGUACCGCUGCUCGAAAAAUUCACAUCUAUCAUCUCAACAACCCUUCAGUGGAGUACAAAUCAUUAGACUCACCUCUGAAAUGGCAAACACGUUGUAUCGCAUGUUUUAAUGACGCUCAAGGAUACGCAGUCGGUAGUAUUGAAGGACGAGUCGCAAUUCAGUACGCAUGGCACGUUGAAGAUAAACAGACGGCCAAUAAUUUCUCAUUCAAAUGUCAUAGGAAGGAUGCUACCAGUAGCGGCGGUUCUCGACUCACCAGUAAUGCGACUGUUCAUCAGGUUUGGGCAGUGAAUGACAUUAAAUUUCAUAAGCAACAUGGCACUUUUGCAACUGCUGGUUCAGAUGGGACUAUCAAUAUGUGGGACAAGGAUAGUAAGACACGACUAAAAACUUUCGAGAAUCGAGGAGGCCCGAUCACAAGCGUGUCUUUCAACCGCACCGGUACCGUAUUUGCUUAUAGUAUCUCUUAUGAUUGGUCACAAGGCCAUUCGGGUGCACAUGCGGUUGGAACAACCGGGACUACAGGCAACACAGGAGCAACAGGUGCGGCGUCAACCGUAGGAGGUAAUCCAGUUGGGCAAUUAAAUAAAAUUAUGUUACACGCUCUGAAAGAUGACGAAAUCAAGAAACGGCCAAAGGUCGGGCGGUUUGCUUCUUUUGACAUGUUUGAUUAA